AUGUCUGGUCUUACGUUACCUCAAUUAUUCGUUUAUCCUAUUGCCGGUGUACAAGUUGUCACGGUAAAAAGAAAUUCAUCUGUACCCUAUAUUCCUCCAGAAAUUAUUCGCAUUAUUCUGGAUUUAUUAAAGGAUGAUAAAAAAACUCUCGCUGCUUGUGCUUUGGUUAACCAUACUUUUAACCUUUAUGCUACUCCGAUUUUAUAUCAUACUGUUGCAUUUACUUUUCCUCAUACGUUUACACUUUUCGUUAAUGCCACGAAUGACAUUAAAAGGCGUUGUUCUAAAAUG